CCACGUUAUAGUAUAUACGUACAAAAAUUGUAUACAUCUUCGCCCUAUUCACUCUGCACUCACAAAUAGCACCUCUCAAUUCAUUGAUUGAAUUCUCAAAUCACAUUCCCCCGAUUGCAUCGCAUCCAAUUAAUCGGACUGUUUCAGAUCGAAUUGUCUCUGCUAAGCUGUUAAUUUUUGUAAAGAAUCAUAAGGAGCCAUGUGGAGAUUCAAACCAUUUGCACACAAAGAACAAACUGGGCUUGAAGGCCGUGUUAUUGACAUAGGCAAUCUCAAAGUUCAGGUUCGCAAUCUAAUUGCGGAGGGUGGAUUCUCCUGUGUUUAUUUAGCUCGAGAUGCAGUAAAUGGCUUCAAACAGUAUGCAUUAAAACACAUCAUAUGUAAUGAUGAAGAGUCCCAGGAGCUAGUGACAAAGGAAAUUUCAGUUAUGAAAACACUCACAGGCCACCCCAAUGUUGUUACUCUUCUCGCUCAUGCUGUCUUUGAUAUGGGCCGCACUAAAGAAGCUUUACUUCUCAUGGAAUAUUGUGAGAAGUCCCUUGUUAAUGUGCUGGAGAGCAGAGGAGCAGGAUACUUUGAGGAGAAACAGGUCCUAACAAUUUUCAGGGAUAUAUGCAGUGCUGUCUUUGCAAUGCAUUGCCAGACUCCACCUAUUGCUCACCGAGAUUUGAAGGCUGAGAAUCUUUUGCUGGGGCCUGAUGGCCUGUGGAAGUUGUGUGAUUUCGGUAGCACUUCUACCAACCAUAAGCGCUUUGAGAAACCUGAAGAAAUGGGAAUUGAGGAAGACAAUAUAAGGAAACACACAACACCUGCAUAUCGAGCCCCCGAGAUGUGGGAUCUGUUUCGGAGAGAACUUAUAAACGAGAAGGUUGAUAUAUGGGCACUUGGGUGUCUCCUUUUCCGCAUAUGUUACUUGAAGUUAGCAUUUGAUGGUGAAUCAAAGCUCCAAAUUCUGAAUGGGAACUAUCGCAUCCCAGAUCAACCCAAGUACAAUACAUUGCUGAUAGACCUUAUCAGGGACAUGCUUCAAUCUUCCCCUGACGACAGACCAGAUAUCACGCAGGUGUGGUUUCGUGUGAAUGAUCUUUUACCAGAUGAACUGCAGAAAUCAUUACCUGAUACGCCUCCGGAAAUGCUACAGAACAGUACUGAUACCUUCACAGGCACGACAAAGCCUGUAAACAAGCCUGUAAACAAGUCUAGUCCAAUGCCUAGGAGGAGUCCUCCUCCUCCCCCAUCAUCUGAAGCACCCCGAAAUGUGUCGUCAGCUCCAGCUAAUUCUAGAAUUGGUGAAAAUGAUGGACCUUUGGGUUCUUUCUGGGCCACUCUGCAUGCAAAAGAUUCAGAAGCCACAGACGAAAAGACCAAGCCAAAGUAUGAUGAAGACUUAACUGACCGUAGAUCAUCUGGAAAAGAGAAGGUCCGUCCUGAUGAGCAUCUUGCCUCUCGUGUAACUCCACAAAAAGAGCAAAGUUUUCGUUCUCCUCUUCAGAAGAAUGUGCAGGGAGAAUCAGUCAAUAGGCCUGGUGAUUACCCAUCUGCGGACUUAAAUCUGUUUCCUGAUAGUUUGAACCAUAAUUCUGAAAGAUUAAAACCAUCCAAAGCUGAAGUUACACCUUCCUUUCAAAAUGAUGCGUUUAAUACUUUUGUGGCUGAAUUCGACGUUAGUAAACAAAGUCCAAACAAUAACCAUCGGAAACCAGAGAGAGAAGACAUGUUAGAGGCUGAGGUUGAAAAGCUGAAGGAGCAGCUUGCGAAUGUGAGUGCAGAGAAAACAGAAGUGACCUCUAAAUAUGAAAAGCUCUCGGCAAUUUGUAAGUCACAGCGACAAGAGAUACAAGACCUCAAGCAUGCUCUAGCUGCAAGAACUCCAUCACAUAGUUCGGAUUCCUCGAGAAACCUAAGUUCUCCUGGAGGCCAAUCAUCUACCACUCCACAGAAUGAGAAGAUAGAAGGUACAGUCUGGGAGCUUCAGGAGGGUUUCUUUGAUCGGAGUUCUCCUAGCCCAGAUUCUAAGCAGUGGCAGGCCUUUGCAGAGGCUCCCAAACCACAGGCCGCAGCAACAUAUAAUACUUCAAAGUCUGUUAGAACGAGAAACGGUCAGCAGAACAAGCAGGCAGGAGGUGAACUGAAUUCAGGUUCAAAUUCUUGGGGAUUUGGAACUGAUAGUUUCAAGGUGGGGGUUCCAGCUGCUGCUAGCUCUAAUAAGGUUAAUGUGCCUGUUGGUGAAUUAAAUAAUUCUCAGCGAUUUGGUGAAUCGAAGAGCAAAGACAGUAAGUUUGAUUCCCAGCCUGCUGGAUGGGCUGGUUUCUAGUUAAUUAAGAUGAGAUAUCACAAGUGAAAUUGAUAUGUCAAGAAAGUGAUACAGACAAGGAAAAAGAGCAGUUGUGUUGCUGGUGUUGAAUAUUUUGUUUUGUAAUAUAUGAUCCUGACACUUAUGCAUCUUCCAUGGUUGCCUUCAAUUUAUUCAGCGAGUGGUGUUUGCACUCUGCUUUGAUCU